UUAAUUUUUUCGAGAGAUUUUUUUUUCCUUCCAAAUUCCGCUGUCUGCUCUCUCUCUCUCUCUCUCUCUCUUCCCUUCCCCUUCGAGCUCAGUAAUGUCGUAAGAAACCCUCACCCUUCUAUCUCGGCAACCCAACCGGAUUUUUCCGACAGUCCACUGAUUGUCUUGACUGCCGGCUGCCCAAUUCGCCAUCCCCGGUUCCUCCUCUUCAGCUUCCUGUAAAUAUCACCGGAGCGGUUCCCGCAGGCACCUCCCUUCAAUCAGUCUUCACUGCUCAGCUUCAAAGCGCUGAAAGCACGUAGCUUUUCCAUCGCCGCACAAGCAGCAGGAGCAGCUUCUUCCCUUCCAUCUCGGCCGUCUCCCGGUUUUUCUAGCUUCUUUUUGCUUCAGGUCUUUGAAGGGACGCUUUGCUUCUUAUUAACUCGUCGAAAAAGAGUUUACUUGCACGCUUUCUGGAGGUUCUGCGGCUUCGUGGGAGAAAGCACUUCUAUGCUGAAAGUCACCGGAAUUUGAUCAUCUGGAGCUUCCUGCACUGCAACUGGACUGUUUUUGAGAAGGAGAUGUGGGCAGCCUGCAUUUUGCUGUAAUGAAGAACCCACAGGCCAAACAAGAAGUACAAUCUUCAAACCAAGCCUCGCAUGAUUCUCAAAGUGAUCCUCCCAAUAACCACACGACAGAGGCUCCAUUACCAGACUCCAGUUCAAUCUCAACAUCAAGCAAUGAAAACAAGAAAGUCUCACGCCAAGAUAUUGAACUUGUCCAAAAUCUAAUAGAGCGUUGUUUACAACUAUAUAUGAAUAAAGAUGAGGUGGUGAAAACUCUCUUGCAUCGGGCAAGGAUAGAUCCCGGGUUUACAACAUUAGUGUGGCAGAAGUUGGAAGAGGAAAAUGCUGAUUUUUUCAGGGCAUACUAUAUUAGGUUAAAAUUGAAAAAGCAAAUUCUCCUCUUCAACCACUUACUAGAGCAUCAGUAUCAUCUCAUGAAAUACCCAGUCCCUAAGGUUCCCUUGGCGCCUAUUCAGAAUGGAAUUCACCCCAUGCCCGUUAACAACUUACCCAUGGGAUACCCAGUCCUGCAGCAGCCUCCGAUGCCAGCACCAGGUCAACCUCAUCUCAAUCCCAUGCAAUGUGGAAUUUCGAGCUGUCAUGUGGUUAAUGGAGUUCCUGCUCCUACAAACUAUCAGCCCAUGCGCAUGAACUCUGGGAAUGAUGUGGGGAUGGACACAAGUACAGCUGAUGCAGCACCAGCAAUUCCACCAAGCAGUGCCAUGUCAUCGAUGUCUGAGAUGCCUGUGAGUCCGGCAUCAGUUGUAUCGAGCACCCACUUCCCCUUCUCAGCAUCUGAGAUAUCGGGAAUGGGAGUGGAUACAUCAGCACUCGACACAGCGUUUACAUCAGAUGUUGCAAGUUCUGUAGGAUUGCAGCUAGUGCACGAUGCUGGGCCUGGAAAUUCUAGAGAGUCCCUUAGAUCGCUAGAUCAGAUCCAGUGGAGUUUCAGUCUUUCAGAUCUGACUGCGGAUCUGUCGAACUUGGGAGAUUUAGGAGCCCUAGGAAACUAUCCUGGUUCGCCAUUUCUUCCUUCAGACUCAGAAAUUUUGCUCGAUUCUCCUGAGCAAGAGGAUAUAGUGGAAGAGUUCUUUGUCGAUUCCAUCCCGGGGCCACCGAAUUCUCAGUCAGAUGAAGAGAGGUCUUGAGACCGAGGUUAGGCCUGUUUCUUCUCUUUCAGAGUCGUUAGGAUAGCAUAGAGCUUAGGUUAAAGAAAUAAGCACGUCACCUUGUAACUGGCAAUUUAGGUCCUCUGCAUCGACAAAUACGAAGAUUUGCACUUCCAAAGUCUUAGUCUGAUACUAUGUUACCUCAAAUUGUAAACCAAUAUUUAUUCGUAUUAGGAGGAUGUUUUCUCUCUUUACUUGAUCAGUGCCAUGGAUAUUUGUAUUUUGAAGGUUUAAUUAUCUUUUUGCAAGUGACUUGGAAGAAUUCCGUGCUCUA